AACACGUGCAACGCGCGCGCUAAAUCUUUAGUUGUUUUUAGUUAAUUUUCGAUGAUUUAAAAUGGGUUUAACUAAACAAUAUUUAGCGUACCGUGUCAUAGACAGUUUCAACAUAAUCGCAUCUGGUCGCAGCAAUAUUAAUUUCGCCGUUGUCGAUAAAAGCGAGGGACGCUUUGUCGCAGCACCUGCAGCUGAGAAUGUGAUCAUUUGGGAUUUGAGAAUGGGAGAUCGCAAGCUGACUCUGCGUCGGGAGAAACAUGAAGUCACCGCCUUACGGGUCUCGCCGGAUCACCUGCAUAUUGCAGUGGGCUAUGCGGAUGGUGUGGUGCAAAUCUUCGAUCUGAGUUCGAGGACGUACUAUGAUGCCAUUUGUUCGCUGGCGCUGCACAAGAAUGCCGUCAGCAUUCUACGCUACGAUGCUCAUGGUAUGCGGCUGGUGAGCGGAGGACUGGACACCGAGCUGGUCGUUGUGGAUGUGGUGGAGCAGGCGGGUCGACAACGUCUUAGUGGACACAACGCUGCCAUUACAGACGCCCACUUCCUGCAACGUUUGGUGGAGCAAGAUAUUGUAGUGAGCUGCUCCAAGGAUACACAGAUCAAGUUUUGGAAUCUGGAGACACAAUUCUGUUUCAAAACGAUUGUCGACAAUCGCACGGAAAUCUGGGCCUUGGCAUUUAUAAAUGACCUGAUGAUUGCCGGCGCUGGAGAGAGCGGCAUGAAUGUCUAUCGUCUUCGCAAACGUGAUACGGAUGCACAAACGCUGGAAACUGCCGUCGAGGGUCUGGCAAUUGAUGACGAGGAUACAAUAAGUCCACUGAGUGUCAGCAAUUGUGGAACGAUACAACGCGCUGGCAAAGGACGCACAGUCAACCUGGUGGCCGAUCCAAAUGAGCGUGUGCUAAGCUGUCACGGCACCAACGAUCUCAUUGAGAACUUUUACAUUUGCACCGCCGAGGAGGCGAAGAAUCGUCUGGCGAAACGCCUGAAGAAGGCUCGCAAGAAGGCGGAAUCUGCAGCGCCGGAACAGGAUGACGAGCAGCUGUCCAAAGAGUUGUCACUGAGUGAUGAGAUCAAGCGAUUGGAAAGCAUAAAAACCAAACAGAAAAUCAAAUCCAUCGAUGUGCUGCUGGGUGAGAAUAAAGAGCUCCGUGUGCUCGUCAGUCUGGCCAACAAUAGUAUGUGUCUGUAUUCCCUGGAGGCAUCCUUAAAGUCGCGCAAGGCCACGACAACUGAGGACAGCAGUGUCAAGGUGCUGCGUUCCCUAACGAGGCUCGGUCAUCAGUCGGAGGUGCGUUCCGUGUGCUUCAGCAACGAUUCCCUGGCCAUUGGCUCUGGUGCCGGUGAUUCCUUCAAGUUUUGGGAUCGGGAUGCUAUGCAAUGUCUGCGCACAGUUCCCACUGAUUACAUACUUUGCUCACGCUUCGUUCCUGGUGAUCGAUAUGUGCUGCUGGGCAUGAAGAGUGGCAGCCUGCUCAUUGUGGAUGUCGGCGCUGCGGAUAUUGUGGAAAAGAUCCCAGCACAUGAGGGCGAACUCUGGAGCAUUGCCCUGCUGCCGGAUCAGAAGGGUUGCGUGACGGGAAGCGGUGACACCACCGUAAAGAUCUGGACUUUUGAGCUUAUUGAUGCGGGCGAAGGUGCUGCAUCGACCAAAGUGCUCUCGCUGCUGCACAAGAACACGCUGAAGAUGGAGGAGACGGUGCUCUGCGUGGCCGUCAGCCCGGACAUGAAGUACCUGGCCGUGGGUCUGCUGGAUGCCACCGUGAAGGUCUUCUUUCUGGACACUUUCAAGUUCUAUCUAUCGCUUUAUGGACACAAGCUGCCGGUGCUCUGUCUGGACAUCUCCUAUGACUCCACAUUGAUUGCCACCGGCUCCGCAGAUCGCAACAUUAAGAUUUGGGGUCUUAACUUUGGCGAUUGUCAUCGUUCCAUCUUUGCACACGAUGAUUCGGUGAUGUCACUGCAGUUCAUACCCAGGACACACAUGUUCUUCAGCUGCGGCAAGGAUGGCAAGGUCAAGCAGUGGGAUGGUGACUCCUUCGAGAAGAUUCUUACACUGCCAGGCCAUAUUGGUGAAGCCCAUUGUCUGUCCGUGUCUCCCAAUGGUCGCUACUUGGUCAGCUGUGGAUCAGAUCGCACGCUGAGGAUGUACGAGCGCACGGAGGAGACGAUUGUGCUCAAGGAUGUGCAGGAGGAGGAACGUGAGCAGCUGGAGAACGAGCAGCUGGCCACUGGAGAGGACAACUCGGUGCCAUUGCUGCCAGGCUUGAAACUGCCUUCGCGCAAAACUGUUGGCUCCGAACAGGCUGCGGAAUCCAUCAUGGAAUGCCUGGAGAUAUCAAAGCAAUUCGAGCUUGACGCCGAAGAGAAGCCAGAACCACAUCCAUUGAUGUUGGCCUUGCAAGUGAAGAAUCCCAAUGACUUCUUGGUCAUGACCCUUGUGCGCAUACGUUCCUCGGACAUGGAGGAGGCCCUGCUUCUGCUGCCCUUCUCCAUUGUCUGCGAGCUGCUGGAACGCUUGCCGGCUUUGAUCACCCAACGUCCCGACGAACUGGAGCUGCUCUGUCGCGUCACCGUGUUCCUGUUCAAGGUGCACAUGAAACCCAUUGCGGCAUCCAAGUCCAUGAAGCCGCUGCUCGUCAAGCUGCUGGAUCUGCUCAAGCAUGAUGUGCAACAACUGCGUGAUGUGAUGGGAUACAAUCUUCAUGCUUUAUCCUUGCUGCAAACGGAGGUGGAGCAACGCGAGGGAGUUCAGCUGUUCCGGGAGGCAACCCAAACCAGAAGAAAGAACGAGAAGAAGCGACGACAAGCCACCAAGCGGAGAAUCCAAAUACAAAUGGCAUAGAGAAUUCAUGUAUUUAAUGUAAGACUUUAAUUUUACCAAGAUCAUCUUCAAUAAUAAGACACGUUAUUGGAAUUUUAGCCA